AUGAGCAAAGUGUUAACGUUAAAUGUAAAGUGUGGUGGAAACCCAUGUAAUUGCAGUAAUAGUAGCGAUAUUAUUGUUAGCAAAGAUGAGACUAUUGAUAAUGUCACCAGUUUUAUCGCCUAUAGUCACUCCAUAAAGAAAGGAGAGUCAUUUACUCUAAGUCAGAAUCUAGAUGGAGGUGAGAGUCUAGAUAGUGGUGAUAUCCAAGAUGUUGAAAAAGUAGCAGUUUACUAUUGGGAUAGGGAUUCACAGCACAAAACACCACUUCUUCUAAACAUUACUCAGAAAGACAAUCCAAAAUCAUUAUAUUAUCUGAGAUAUGAAGACGGUGAACCAGAAGGAAACCCUAAUCCAAAGGUUUGGAAACAAUAUAACGGCGUUGGAACAUCCCUACAAGAUUUGUUGGAUGAUAGGAAUUUAGGCAGAAAUAAUGUCUUCCCUCUCGAUCUUAAUGAGCCUACAAAACGUCUGGACACGGGUACCGAUGUUGCGAAGAAAGCGGAGGUACAACUUGUUCAAACAAGUCCUCUUACUGACAGUGAUUACAAGAUCACAAUGUAUAAACUUAAUGGCAAAGAUGGGGAAACAAAAUUUUCGAGAGCAAUGUAUGAUAAGGGUAAAGCUAAUGGUAUAGUUAUUCCAGAUGAUAUACUUACUAGUAUCAAGCUUUACUCAUCGUCAGUGAGCUCUAUACCCAUUAUGGUUGAGUUUGUGAAAAGUGGGAAAGCAGGAUCAGAAUGGUUUUACAAUACUAAUUCUCAGGGUACAAAUUGGCAAGGAGAUGGUGGAAAUACAUUCUAUGGUAGUGAUAGACAGCUCACAGAGAGCUUUACCAAACGAUUAGAUGAACUCACCUGUGAACACCAUGGUGGAGUCACCAUUGAUUUAUCACAUAAAACAUCUAUAGCUCAACAGAGAUACUGUUGCAAUGAGCAUGGAGGUAAGAAGGGUGAAGGUGGAAAGGUCUCUGUUAAGGAACAAAAGGUUUCUUGCCAGAGGCCAGAUCACAGUACAAGUUCCCUUACGGUCUACAAGCACUCCAUUAAAGAGGUUGACCUUAAACUAGGUGGCAUUAAAUUCUACCUUAAUAAUGAUAGUUCUAAACAGAAUAGGAAACAUGUAAGAUCUAGAAAUUUAAAACUACCUAUAGAAGGCCAGGUAGAUGUUUGUGUCUUCUAUUGCGCUGGGAAUAAUCCGGUAUUAAUCUAUGUUUAUGCCAAUAGGAGUACAAAAUCUCAGGGAAGCUCGGGCUGGUACAGGAAAAGCAAAAGAGGUUAUGAAAGUAACUGGAGUAAAAUUUCGAAUAUGCCACAAUAUAUAACACCCGAUACGAUUAACAAUUGUAAUAGUUGGAACAAACUUGUAGGAAUCUUUAAUCAACUUAAAUGUGAAAGCUUCCAAAGAUGUCCCCCUGAACCUUUACCAGAACGUUCUGAUGCCGGUGAAGUACGGACUCAUAACCAGGAUGAUGACAUUAAGUUGGAAGAAUCUGAGCCUGAAGUUGACUCAUAUAAAGUACGAGGUGAUGCUGGACCUAUAGAACCUCUUGGCCCACUUGGCAAAGGAGCUGGUAAAGAUAAAACUGAAGCAAAACACGUUACUAGUGCUAAAGAUAGUGAAGAUAAAGAAGCUAAAGUAGUCUCUGAAAUUGUUAAAAAAGAAUCUGAACCUGGUCCAGAAGGUGCUGGUAAAGGACCUCAAGGAGAGUCAUUUCAAUUCAAAAUUCCUGGUGCUCUAUUUACUGUUGUUGAUGAAGCUGCUAAACUACUUUAUGGUAUUCUAUCUCCUCAACGUAAAGCUAGUAGAGAUCCUGGUGCUGCUAGACCUGAUACUGGUGAACUUAUUGGACCUGCUGGUACUCAAGGUAGAGAUGAUCCUUCUGGAGAUAGUGCUGGAGGACCAGGUUCUGUUCCUACUAGUCCACCUAGUGGUCAAACUCGUACUCAAGUACAAGAAGCUGAUGUUCCUCAAUCUGGAGUUCGUGGAGGACCUGCUGGACCUCCUGCUGAAUCUUCUCCUACUGCUUCUACUCCUGUUACUACUCAAACUGCUCAAGCUCAAGAAGGCCCUUCUGGAACUUCUCAAAUCUUUCCUUGGAAAGAGACUGUCUUUGGAACUCUCGCUACUGUUGUAUCCGGAUUAGUUGGGUUCGCGGGAUUGAAGUUUUAUAAGAGCCAAAGGGGACUAUCAAUUGGUAGAAACAUUGACCCUGAGGUAAUCGAGGGGAUUUCUCUGGUUGAAGUAAUUUUAAACUCGGACUGUUCCCAUGCUACUCUCUACGUUUCGAUAGCAGGUGACCCGUUUCAGCAACGACAAGGACUCUCUUGGCUGACCAAGAGGACCAAACGUUUGCGUUACUUGAUGGCUCAACUGCUCAAUCAUCGCAAAAACGUACCGACAAUAUCCUUCAAGAAGCACGAUUUAUUAGAACAAUCCAGUAAGUUCUAG